AUGGCCAGCAAAUCUGCUCCUGGGGGUGCUCUGACCUGGCUGGUCCCCUGGCUCCCUUCUGGCAUUUUAUGCCUCUACCUCCUAUUUUUGUUGGGCCAGGUAGGCUGGUUGCAAGGACACCCCCAGUGCUUGGAUUAUGCGCCCCCCUUCAAGCCCCCCAGGAAUCUCAAGUUUUGCACAGACUAUGAGUCCUUCGGCUGCUGUGACCAGCGCAAGGACCGGCGAAUCGCAGCUCGGUACUGGGGGAUCAUGGACCACUUUGACCUGAGGGGCCGCGAGCUGUGUGGUGGUUACAUUAAGGAUAUCCUUUGCCAGGAGUGCUCACCCUAUGCAGCCCACCUGUACGAUGCAGAGAACCUCCAGACUCCGCUCCGGAGCCUUCCUGGCCUCUGCUCAGACUACUGCUCUGCCUUCCACUCCAGCUGUCAGUCUGCCAUCUCCUUGCUGACCAAUGACCAUCGUCUCCAGUCAACCCAGGAAAAGGAUGGUGCCCAGUUCUGCCACCUCCUCAACCUUCCUGACAAGGACUACUGUUUCCCUAAUGUCCUCAGGAAUAACCACCUGAACCGUAACCUGGGUGUGGUGGCCAAGGACCAGCAGGGCUGCUUACAGCUGUGUCUCACAGAGGUGGCCAAUGGGUUGAGGAACCCCGUUUCCAUGGUUCAUGCAGGGGAUGGCACCCACAGAUUCUUUGUGGCUGAGCAGGUGGGGAUGGUGUGGGUCUACCUGCCUGAUGGGAGUCGCCUGGAACAGCCCUUCCUGGACCUCAAGAACAUCGUGCUGACCACUCCAUGGGUUGGUGAUGAGAGAGGCUUCUUGGGGUUGGCUUUUCACCCCAAAUUCCGCCACAAUCGCAAGUUCUAUAUUUAUUACUCAUGCCUGGGCAAGAAGAAGGUGGAGAAGAUCCGGAUCAGUGAGAUGAAGGUUUCUCAGGCUGAUCCCAACAAAGCUGAUCCCAAAUCAGAGAGGAUCAUCUUGGAGAUAGAUGAACCAGCCUCAAAUCAUAAUGGUGGGCAGCUUCUUUUUGGCCUGGAUGGUUACAUGUACAUAUUCACAGGGGAUGGUGGACAGGCUGGGGAUCCCUUUGGCAUGUUUGGAAAUGCUCAGAACAAAAGUUCCUUGCUGGGAAAGGUGUUAAGGAUCGAUGUGAACAGUGGCUCAGAGGGUAGGCGGUACCGAGUGCCCCCUGACAACCCCUUUGCUUCUGAGCCCGGGGCUCACCCUGCCGUUUAUGCUUAUGGGAUCAGGAACAUGUGGCGCUGUGCCGUGGACCGAGGGGACCCCGUCACACACCAUGGCCGGGGCCGGAUAUUCUGUGGGGAUGUGGGACAGAACAGAUUUGAAGAAAUCGACAUCAUUGUUAAGGGUGGGAACUAUGGCUGGAGGGCAAAGGAAGGAUUUGGAUGUUAUGACAGAAAACUUUGUCACAACACAUCUUUGGACGACACCCUGCCCAUCUAUGCCUAUGGCCAUGAAGUGGGAAAAUCCGUAACUGGAGGAUAUGUCUACCGUGGGUGUGAAUCCCCGAAUCUCAACGGACUUUAUAUCUUUGGGGACUUCAUGAGUGGUCGACUUAUGGCUUUGCAGGAAGAUAGGAAAACCAAGAAAUGGAUGAAGCAGGACAUUUGUGUGGGCAAUACCAGGUCAUGUGCCUUCCCAGGGCUGAUUAGCACCUACAGCAAGUUUGUCAUCUCCUUUGCAGAAGACGAAGCAGGGGAGCUCUACUUCCUGGCCACCUCUUACCCUAGUGCCUAUGCCCCACAGGGAUCUAUUUACAAAUUGGUUGACCCAUCAAGGAGAGCACCCCCAGGCAAGUGCAGACACAAAGCAGCACCUGUGAAAAUCAAGAGUAAGCGGGUCCAGUUCAGGCCACUUGCCAAGACAGUCUUGGACGUGCUAAAGAAACAAUCCGAGAGAGCAGCCAGUAGAUUCUCCAACACAACUCUGGCUUCCAGUCCAUACCCAGCCGGGUCUCAGACGGGCUCCUCAAGGAGGUCAGCUUCUCCCACAAGCAGCAGGAGAAGAUUUCGAGGUCCAGGUGUGAUGACCAGGGCAUGGUCCCCGGUCCCCCAGGGCCAGAGGAAGAAGACCCUGAAAACCCAGAGCAGCCAGAGGAGCCAGGCCACCCACCAGGGGUGA